AUGUCUCUCAGAUUCUCUUCUUCAUCCAGAAGGGUUGGCUCCUGUGGAGGAGCUGGAUCUGUGAGACUGUCGAGUGGGGGAGCAGGUUUGGGGGCUGGAAAUAUAUGUAGCGUGUUUGGUGGUAGCUCAUCUGGAGGAGGCUAUGGUGGUGGUCUGGGUGGGGGAAGUUCUUCCUCUGCUGGCUUCAUGGGGAGUGAAGUGGGGCUCCUCUCUGGAAAUGAGAAGGUGACCAUGCAGAACCUUAAUGACCGCCUGGCUUCUUACCUGGAUAACGUGCGUGCUUUGGAAGAGGCAAAUGCAGAUCUGGAGCAGAAGAUUAAGGGAUGGUAUGAGAAAUAUGGUCCUGGCUCUUGCCGGGGUCUUGAUCAUGACUAUAGCAGAUAUUUCCCAAUAAUUGAAGACCUUAGGAAUGAGAUAAUUGCAGCAACUAUCAGCAAUGCUAGUGUGGUCCUGCAGAAUGACAAUGCCAGGUUGACAGCUGAUGACUUCAGAUUAAAGUAUGAAACAGAGCUUGCACUUCACCAGAGCGUUGAGGCUGAUAUCAAUGGUCUGAGGAGAGUGCUGGAUGAGCUGACAUUGUGCAGAACAGACCUGGAAAUUCAGGCUGAGACACUGAACGAAGAACGGACUUAUCUAAAGAAGAACCAUGAAGAGGAAAUGAAAGCCCUCCAAUGUGCCGCGGGUGGGAACGUGAAUGUGGAGAUGAACGCAGCCCCAGGAGUGGAUCUGACUGUUCUGCUGAACAACAUGAGGGCUGAGUAUGAGGAUCUGGCUGAGCAGAACCGCAGGGACGCUGAAGCCUGGUUCAAUGAAAAGAGUGCCACGCUCCAACAGCAGAUCUCUGAUGAUGAAGGGGCCACCACCUCUGCCAGGAGCGAGCUCACAGAAAUGAAACGUACAGUCCAGACCCUCGAGAUCGAGCUGCAGUCCCUACUGGCAACAAAACAGUCACUUGAAUGCUCUCUGACUGAGACUGAAGGGAACUACUGUGUGCAGCUCUCACAAAUCCAAGCCCAGAUUGGAGCCCUGGAGGAGCAACUGCAACAGGUCAGGACUGAGUCUGAGGGCCAGAAGCUGGAAUAUGAGCAACUACUACACAUGAAGGUUUAUCUAGAAAAUGAAAUCUCAACAUACUGCUCCCUCAUUGAUGGAGAGGAUGGAAACUGUCACAAAUCUAAAGGUGGCUAUAGACCUGGAGGACCAGGAAAUCAGAUAAAAGAUUCAUCCAAAACCACUAUGGUUAAAACGGUAGUAGAAGAGAUGGAUCCUCGUGGCAAAGUUCUCUCCACCAGGGUCCACUCAGUUGAAGAGACGUCCUCCAAAAUGAACACCAUCAAGAUGGAGCAGAAAGCACCUUCCUAA